AUGUCGAAUAAGAAUGAGGCCUUGUCCUCUAUGGAUCCAUUCUCGCCUGCACAUCAACCUGACGAAGGUUACUCCGAGGACCCUUUGACUCCGACAGUUAACCAAGACCUCUCAACCGCCCUCGCUACUCUACGAUCUCCCUCAGACCUAAGCACAUGGCUUGUCGCAAACUCGUCUCUUUUGCCCCUCGAGGUCAGGACAGAAUUGACUAUGGCUCUUCUUGAUAACCUCCCCACUUCCGUUAUCGCCGAGAUCGUUCACCGUUUGAACCCGAGACUUUAUAUCGACUUCAUCCAAUAUCUUCCUGCGGAAAUCUGUCUUAAGAUUCUAGGUUUCCUUGACCCUGUCUCCCUCGUGAGUGUCACACAAACAUGCCGCGCCUGGUACGAGUUGGCUCUCGAUAGGAAACUAUGGGAGCACUUAUACUACAUGGAGGGGUGGAAGACUAUCCUGAGCGAGGUUGAAGCCUGCGAGACUAAGGUUAACAACGGCCUCGACCGCUCAAUCCGUCAACUCGACCGGCUUCAAUCGAUGCAAGACGCCCACCCAAACAAGAUCCGCGCCGUUGUCAAUGCCGACGAAGACCUCGAAAUGACGGAUCGUGACCGCACACCAGCCCCCGCCGACACUUUAGCCAGCGGAAGCAUGUUCGGCAGCCCUUCAUCCUCCUUCUCCUCGAGUAGACCGGCGAUUGUACCCAUGGGAGAUAUGGACCUUGAUGGCCUAGGCGCCAGAACCGCGAGCUUGGAUCGAACCCUUUCUUCGUCCUCCGACAGCAGAGGGAAACGCAAGGAGCCUAGUGGCGACCCUGAAUCCUCAGUACCUCCGAUGUCGCUAGCCGACGCAGCCAACACCUUGCCGCCAUCAUCUCUGUAUCACUGGGAUAUUAGCCGAUCACGAUAUCGUAUGGACUGGCGAUAUCUGUACGCUAUGCGACGCAAGUUGGAAUCGAAUUGGGAGUUAGGGAAAUACAGUACUUUCCAGUUCCCCCAUCCCAACUUCCCUGAGGAAGGACAUCAGGAGUGUGUGUAUGCAUUACAGUUUGACAAAGACUAUCUGGUGAGCGGUAGCAGGGAUCAGACUAUGCGUAUAUGGAAUGUGCGCACCCGCCGACUGGUUCAACCUCCACUUACAGGACAUGAGGGCUCCGUCCUGUGUCUUCAGUUUGAUGCUGACCCAGAAGAAGAUCUCCUUGUUUCUGGAAGUAGUGAUUCCAAUGUCUUCAUUUGGAAGUUCUCAACUGGCAAAUUGGUACAAAAGCUGACUAGAGCUCACCAUGAAUCUGUUCUUAACGUGCGAUUCGACAAGCGAAUUCUAGUCACAUCCUCCAAGGAUAAGACGAUCAAAAUCUUCAACAGACAUCCCCUGAGACAUGGGGAUAUAGGUUAUGGUGGAAACGAUAUUGUUGGUGCAGUGCCCAUAAACCUUCGAAAGUACGGAUACGAACUCGACCUCGCCAAAGAGCUUCCUGUUAGGCCUGCCUUUUCAAUGAUCGGUCGCCUUGAUGGACAUAGCGCUGCUGUUAACGCGAUCCAAGUUCGCGGUCAAACUAUUGUUUCUGUAUCUGGAGACAGACAUAUCAAAGUGUGGAAGUGGCCGGAGCAAGUUUGCACCCAGACAAUCCCAGCACAUGAUAAAGGCAUUGCUUGUGUCGAGUUCGAUGGACGCAGAAUUGUGAGUGGCAGCAGUGACUGGGAAGUGUGCAUUUUUGAUGCGCCUACAGGCCUCAAGGUCGCCCAGUUGAGGGGGCACGCUCACUUAGUCCGUACUGUUCAAGCUGGUUUUGGUGAUCUGCCAUACAGCACAUCUGAAGAUGAAGCUGAAGCGAAGGCGGUUGACGCCGAGUACUUCCGAGCUCUCGAGGCUGGUGAGAUUGACCAUAGCAUGGAUCGCAGAAGUCGUAGGGACCGUCGAGCGAAUGCUGGCAGCUCACGGCCUCAGGACGUCCAAGCCUUUGGCGCCAAGGUUCCUCCGGGUGGCGGAGGAGGUAGAAAGUAUGGCCGCAUUGUAUCCGGUUCCUAUGAUCAGAGCAUCAUUAUCUGGCGACGCGACAAGGAAGGCGUUUGGAAGCCUGCGCAUCAUCUCAGACAGGAAGAGGCCGCAGCUGCUGCUCAACGUGAGGCUGCUGCCGCCUUGUCUAGCGCAACUUCGAACGUUGCGACGGCUGGGUCUGUGGCCAGUAGGUCUUCUCACGCAUCAACCAUCGUACCACGUUCUCCACCUACAAACGGCACACCUCUUGGUCCAAUGAUGCUACGCGAUCAUCAUGGGGAUACUCAUCGAACAGCGAAUUCAUACCAGGUGCUGAUCGAUCAGACUGUACCGCUUGGCCCAGGCGCGUUACAGCAUGUGCUCGCAACAUAUCCGAUUGCGUUGGCACAGCACUCCUAUCUGCAGUCCGCGAUUGAACGCGAGACAUCGCCUUUGGUUCGAGCUCAACUUAGAAGCGUGGUUACGGAUGCUUUGGCUACUCUCCAACUCCGCCAGCUACCAAUGCGACAACCGUCUAGUUCUGGCAGUUCCCAUUACAACUCUAGCGACAGUGGCCGUACUAAUCCAAGGUCCGGUACGUCAGUCCCACAUGCUGCUGCUGGGGCCAACCCGCCUCACAUGCCCGUGGUCCUCGGAGGACCGGUUACGCAACCUCCUGCCGUUAUCAAUACCAACGCUCAAGGCGCACCACCUGUACAGCCACCCACAGCGGUUCAACCACAGAACGCACCAGGGAACGGACAUCAUGCCGGUCAUCACCCACACAUCGCCACAGCAGAGAACACAUCGGCGCGAGUUUUCAAGCUGCAAUUUGAUGCGCACAAGAUUAUCUGCUGUAGUCAAACCCCUACAAUUGUGGGGUGGGAUUUCUGUAAUAAGGAUCCAGCAUUGGAAGAAGCUGUGAGAUUCUUUGCAACAGUCGACUAA